AUGAAAGAAAUCUUGAAUGAUACUUGCCCUUUACUCCACAGGGAUAUAAGCUCUUUAAUAAAUGAUCCGCCUCUCGGAAUUUCUGUUGCGGUUGAGGAUGAUGACUGUACGCUUCUCCACGCCAUUGUCACCGGUGUGGAAGGCACACCGUACGCUGGUGGGUUUUUCCACUUCGUUUUAAAGUGCACCAAUCAGUAUCCCAUGACACCACCAAAGGUGCGAUUCCUGACUACCGGAUAUGGGAAAGUGAGGUUUAAUCCCAACAUGUACGAAGGGGGCAAGGUCUGCCUCAGUAUUUUGGGGACUUGGUCUGGGCAACAGUGGCUUCCAUCUUGCUCAUUGGAGAGUGUUCUUAUAUCAAUUCAGAGCAUAAUGACUAAGAAUGCGCUGCUCAACGAGCCAGGCUUUGAUAGGAACAGUGAGGUUGGACAAAAAUCAUUGAUUCCAUAGAAUAUUAAUUUGUAUUAGCCAUUUUUAACAGUUUCAUCAUUCUAUACUAGGAAAAUGCUACUAUAAUAACAGAUUACGACUUGUAUGUCGAAAUUGAAACCUUGGUGACGGCAGUGAUUGGGACUCUGCAAGAUAGUACAAUUCCCCAACAAUUGAAAGACAAUAUGAAAGAAAACUUUUUGAUGAACUUCAACUUUUAUGAAUGGCAAGCAUCAUACAUCGACAAUCUAUCUGUAAGAAUG